UCAUUGAGUUCGUGGAGGAAUGCCUUCAGCUAUUGGAAGGAUCGACACAUUUGUGGUCCAAAACCCAUCCCUAUAUUCGGAAACUUUUUGAGAUUAUCCCUAAAUCCUCGACCAUUACUGGAGUUGGAGUGGUAUAAGAAUUACGGCAAAAUUUAUGGUUUAUACAUAGUAUCGAAACCAACGCUAACAGUGGCCGACCCGCAGCUCAUCAAACAAAUUCUGGUCAAAGAUUUCAAUAUAUUUCGUAACCGACCCACAGUUCAUGGGGGAACUAGCCUGGUCAUGCCACGAGCCAGAGAUGAGGACUGGAAGCGGAUCCGUGCGAUAGCCAACCCUACCUUCACGUCCAGAAAGAUGAAGAAAAUGUAUGCUCUGAUCAGCCAUUGCUGCGAAGACGUCAUCGAUAGUCUGGAUAAGGAUGUGUCGAAUGGUAUGAAUGAAGUCGAGUUGAAGCAACUGAUGAGCGCCUACACUAUGGAUGUGAUCGCUUGCUGUGCCUUCGCCACCAAAAUCAAUACAUACGCCGAUCCUAACAAUCCGUUCACCACUAAAGGGGCCAAGAUAACCAAUUAA